AUGGCGUCUACGACCACCGUCCUCCUCCUGUUGUCGAUCAUCGUCGGUCUCGCUGCUAUCUCCGCCACCGCCAGGCCUUGCAAGACGAUCUUCUUCAUCACAUCCACUUCCUCCUCCUACUACCCAGCCGACAAUAAUCACCCUGGAAACCCUAAUUUCCCCCACCAAAACCCUACUAACUCCCCUCGUUUGACCUUCUUCAUCACCGAAAUCCACGAAUUCCACCGCAGCAGGUCCUUCCCCCGUCCGAUCUUCCCCGACCGAGCAGUGGAAGAUGUCGUCUCUUCAAAACCCUCUUCUUCUUCCUCGUUUCGCGAUCGCACCCUGGACAUCAUCAGUAUUGUCGGCGCUCUACUCGUCGGUGUAGGCUGCGGGGCUCUCACCGCCGCAACCAUGUACUUAAUCUGGUCCGUAUGUUCUAGCAGACGCUUGGAUUUCGGCUCCGAUUCCGAUGAGGAAGAGUACGACGUCGACGAUGAGGAUGACGUCACCCAUAACAAGAACGGUUACGCCCCUAUCCCUGCCGCCACCAAGCCUGUGCCACCUUCUGCCGAUGAAGUCGAUGCAAUGAAAUAG